AAAACAAUAUAUAGUACAUAAAUUCCAUUUUUUCAUGUAGAAACCUGUGCUUAAUUGCAUGAGUGUUAAGGAACAGUCCCCGGUUAUUAAGGAUAAUGUGUUCUUCUGUUCCUUAAAAUAUAAUUAUAUUUAUUUUCGAGUUUCGUAAAUUCUGCUUUUGUCUUUCUUAGAUCAGUCUUUUUGAUUCCUUUAACGAAACCCAAUCUUUUUUCACGGAGGUUCAAAGCACAAGAAUUUUGGCAGGUGCUUCUGUAAUCUGUUGUCUCCUAGAUAUAGUUAGUUACUUUGGUCUUUUUGUACGUGUAUAUAUAAAAGAAUUUAUAUAUAUGGGUUGUUAAAUGGAGAGCGUUUGAUUUUGAAAGUGAACACAGUAUUCAUUGAAGUCUUGCGAGAUAUCUACGAUUAGUUUAUACAAGAAAUAGCUCAAGAAAGUUUAGUGUAUUCGAUUUGAUUGGAAUUUUUGAAUACAAAUUAAGGACAUGGAUAGUGGGUUUAAUUCUUCUUGGAAGAAUGGUUCUUUGCUAGAUUAUUUGGAAGAAGAGCAAGAACCGAAGCUGGUAACAUCUUUGCCAGCAAUUCCUGAACCACAGACACCAAGAGAGCCUAUGGAGUUCUUAUCAAGAUCUUGGAGUCUUUCUGCUGCAGAAAUUUCAAAAGUUCUGGCUCAGAAACAGAGACAACUUUUUGCUGAUAAGCAACCCAAUACAUUUCCAGAAACAGUUGCUGCACCACAGUUGUUAGGGAAUGCAAUGAAUUCAAUAAAUUCAACAAAUUCAAGAAAGACAGGGACAAUAGGAAAGUGGUUCCACCACAAGGAUCUUAUUAGUAGUAUGGCGAAGAGGAAGGAUAAGGCUCGAAUAGAAAAUGCGAAUAUGCAUUCUGCUAUAUCUGUUGCUGGACUAGCUGCAGCCUUGGCUGCUGUGUUUGCUGCAGGAAACUCUUCUGGCCCCAGUUCAAAAAUGAGUGUGGCUUUGGCCUCAGCUACUGAACUCCUGGCAACACAUUGCAUAGAAUUAGCGGAAUUAUCUGGAGCUGAUCAUGAUCGGAUAGCAUCUGUUGUUAGAUCAGCAAUGGAUAUUCAGAGUCCAGGUGAUCUAAUGACUCACACUGCAGCAGCUGCAACAGCUUUGAGAGGUGAAGCAGCACUAAAAGCAAGAUUACCAAAAGAAGCAAGAAAGAAUGCAGCUAUAAUUCCUUAUGAUAGAGGAAUGGCAGAAACUCAGUGGGGUUCUGCAUACAUUGGCGAGGUAAAAGAACAAGCUCCCUGCGUUGGAGAACUAUUGCAACACACAAGAAAAGGAGUAUUGCGAUGGAAACACAUUUCUGUCUGCAUUAACAAGAAAUUGCAGGUCAUAAUUAAGAUUAAAAGCAAACAUGUUGGAGGAGCCUUCUCUAAGAAGCAAAAAUGUGUUGUUUAUGGGGUAUGUGAUGAGACUACAGCUUGGCCAUAUAGAAAAGAAAGAGAAAGUUCUGAAGAAGUAUAUUUUGGUCUUAAGACUGCACAGGGUCUUCUAGAAUUUAAAUGCAAGAGUAAGAUACAUAAGCAAAGAUGGGUUGAUGGGAUCCAAAAUCUUCUUCGUCAAGUCAGCUGUGUCGAAGCCACCGAACGCUCUCUGGAAUUUCUAAACAUAAGUGAUAGCAUAUAGCAUGGUUUUCAAUUUUGUAUAUGUACUUAAAGAAUAGGGAUUUGUCAAGUUUUUGCCAAUGUUAUAUAGUAUCAGAAUGGUAUACGUUUCAUCUCUUUAAACCAUUUACAGAAUAUAAGAAAUUAAACUCAAUCUUGUCA